AUGAAAGUACAAUUAUCACUUCAAUUACCACCAAUGGAUACAAAUAAUAUUGUCAGUGGCACCAAAUCAAUGUUAGAUCGUUUAGUAUUUAAAUAUAAGAACGAGUUAGGCGGCAUUAUUAUCUCAUAUUACGAUGUUGUUCAUGUCGAUAAAGAAGCUAGAAUAUUUUAUGAUAGUCCAUAUUUAGGUAUUAAAAUUCAAGUUAAAUUUUUAGUUUUUAAACCAUUUAAAAAUCAAAUUUUAAAUGGUGUUGUUAAAAGAGUUUCAACAACUCAUAUUUCAUUAUUAGUAUUUGGUAUUAUUUCAGCAUCAAUUCAUAAGACAUGUAUCCCAAAAACAUUCAUUUUCGACCACUCAUCAAAUAUGUUUGUUAAUAAACAAAGUAAAGCAACUAUUUCAGUUGGUACCAAAAUUGCAUUUAAAGUUCAAGAGUAA